AUGUCAGCGAGCGAAGGGUGCAGGGCCAGCGGCCAGAGAUGGUGUGAGAGGGAGGUUAAUCUUCUGAAAACCAAGUUUGGCUUGGACGAUGCCUUCAACUACAAGAAAGAGCAGAACCUCAACGCAGCACUGCAGAGUUUCCCGUUUGAAAAAGCAGGCUCAAAAACACUUUGUUAUACCAUCUUGCUUAGGUACUUUCCAGAGGGCAUCGACAUCUACUUUGAGAACGUAGGUGGCGCAAUGCUGGACGCCGUGCUACUCAACAUGCGUGUGCACGGCCGCAUCGUCAUGUGCGGGAUGAUCUCUCAGUACAACUCGGAGCAGCCGGAGGGUGUGCGUGGCCUCAGUAGCUUGAUCGUCAAGCGUAUCCGCAUGGACGGCUUUGUGGCCUCGGACUACUUUGUCAAGUACCCCAUGUUCGAGGAGGAGAUGGUGGGGUACCUCAAGGAUGGCAAGAUUGCCUACGUCGAGGAUGUCGUCGAAGGGAUUGAGAAGGCACCAGCAGCGCUCAUUGGGCUCUUCAACGGGCGCAAUGUUGGCAAGCAACUGGUCAUCGUUGCCCGGGAGUGA